AAAAUCGGUAGUCUGCCCGAAUAAAGAAAAUAGCGCUGUAAUGUUGAUAAUGUUCCGAGUUGGGGCGUUAAACGUUCAGUAGGCAGUCCAAAAAAAACAAAGUUUACGAAAUAUGCGUGGCGGGGCAGAGGAUGUUAUAAAAGCAGGCAUCUAACUCCACCUGUAGACUCACUACUGCACGAUUGCAAAUAUGCAGCUCUACCGCGAUACGCAAAGCCACCAGCAUCCCCCGAGGCAAAGCAAAAUUGCAUCGCAGAGGCAGUAUCGAGUCAAAGAGGGGGAUGGGUUUCAGGAACUCAGAGCAGUGAUUCGCUCGGUGACAGGAAAACUACCCCAGACCAGGAGCGAUACCUUGAAGAAAGCUGCAGAAUUGUUGCGGCAGUUAUCGAGAGAACUUGGGGAAAAUUCUAGGCAUGAGCCACUCUCGGAGUUAUUGUCGGCAUCGACCUAUGAAGUUAACCAGGGGUCUCACACGUCUUAUGAACCCCCUUUAAUCCACAACAACGAGACAUGGACAAACACUAUUGCACCAGGGACAAGGAACAAUAGUCCAAUGUCAGAUACAUCGGUGACGAGCUCGAUGCUAGAGUAUCAAGGCCAUCCUCAGACAGAGAUCCACUAUGUUGUCGGUGGUGGGGGCGACUUGGGCUGGAAUUUACUUCAACCAACCCCUUCGCAAUUUCAACAUACCUCCAAUUUUUUGGCGCAGCAGAAUGACCCGUCAUUUCUUCACUCUAACAUAAAUCAAGCUCCAUACUACUGAGAAAGGGUAGGAGUAAAUUAGAUUACACGUCGGAAUUCGAGUAUCCCUGAAUAUCUAAAUACAUGUAGCAUCUAUAACUUAUUACUUUUUUUUCGGAUUCACAUACCUUGUAGCUUUUAGUUGUAUCAUUUAGCGUAUUUAUCAGACCUAUAUACCGUUCGACAUCCUGGGUGUUCUAUGU